AUUUUCUCUUCCUCAAACUCCCAGUGAAAAAUAAACCGGGAGUCUGCAGCUCUUCAAAAUGAUCUGACCUAUUUGGGAUGUGGUCGUCCAGCCUCUAGGGACUGGCUGUGGCUCUAGUUAUGUCUCUGACGACCCCCAGCCUCCACGGUGGCCUCAGCCCUGCCCAAGCCUGUGGGCUAGUCGUCUCCUUCUCGCUGCUGAUCCAAACCUUUCUGACUGCAGCUACUUACUUCUACUUCACUAACGAGCUGAAACAGUUGGCCCAGCUACAGGAGGCGAAUUCUCAAAGUGGCCUGCAUUGCCUUACGAAAGAAUACUUGGGAGCCAUGAUGGGUAAUAGUGAUCCCAGUAGCACUACGGAGCCGAUAGACUCUGUUUGCCUACAGGUCAAGUGGCAUCUCCAGCAGCUUAUUAAAAAGGAGCUUUUGACAAUCUAUGAAGAUUCUUCUACAAGGCAAGGUAAGAGGCAGAACAAUGUUUCUGGAGCCAGAGAGGGCUUUAAUCAGAGUGCUAUCCAGAGUGUCGCAGCUCAUCUCACUAUAAACAGGCAGAUCAGUCCUCCCUUUUCUAGAACUUUGAUGCCUGGGAGCACUUUGGGCUGGAAAAUCAGGUACUGGGAAUCUUCAAGGAAAGGACAUUCAUUCCAACAUAACAUGGACUUGUUGGAUGGUGAACUCAUCGUUUCCCAACCUGGAUAUUAUUAUAUCUAUUCCCAAACCUACUUUCGAUUCCAAGAGUCAGAAGAAAGUUCUGUGUCGACUUUGAAUGGAGAGAAGAGUAAACAAUCCAAACAGUUGGUCCAGUACAUUUACAAAGUGACAAGUUACCCAGAACCCAUCCUACUCUUGAAAAGUGCAAUGACUACCUGUUGGUCUAAAGAUUCAGAAUAUGGACUGUAUUCCAUAUAUCAAGGUGGAGUGUUUGAGUUCAGGGAGAAAGAGAGGAUCUUUGUCUCUGUCAGCAAUGAGAAAUUGGUUGAUAUGGACAAAGAAGCCAGUUUUUUUGGUGCUUUUCGAAUUGGCUAAAUACAAACAACAACAACAACAACAACAACAACAACAACAACAACAACUCGCCACCACUACUAUUGUGUGUGCUGGGUGAAACAUAGCAACAAUAGACUUUCUGGAAAUUGGUCCUGCUAUGAAGACACUAAUCUGAUAAAGAUGGGAACUAGACCCUGUGCUAAGUGCUGCAGAUACUAAUAUGAAAAAGAAAUCUAGUCACUGCUCUGAAGAAGGUUAGACUUUAAUGAAGAGAAAGUCAACUAGGUGGUCCAGUGCAUGGAGAGCCAGAUUUGGAGGCAGGAGGUCCUGGUUCAAAUUUGGUCUCAGACACUUCCUGGCUGGGUGAUCCUGGGCCACUCAUUUGAUCCCAUUUAUGUAAUCUUCUGCCUUAAAAGUGCUAUUUAGUAUCAGUUCUAAGACAGAAGGGUUAAGGGCUUAAAACCAAACCAAACCAAACCAGCUUAAUGGAGACAGACAAUACACAAAAGAAGGGUGACAAGGGAGUAUGAAGGUACCCACCUCAGAGGAAUGAUGGAAUUCAAUCCAAAGCAGUGAAGUGAAGUGAGAAAAGAAGAGAUGACUGGUCUUGGAGACCUUUCAACAUAUUUUUUAUUUUUUAUUUAUUUUUUAUAUAUUUUUUCAUAAUUACAUAUGUAUAUAAAUUUUUUUUAGUGUAUGUUUUGCAAAAUUAUACAAACUAUGUCAUCUCCCUUUUCCCCCUCCUUUUCCCCUCCCUGAAAUGGUUAGCAACUUGUUCUGGAUUAUGUAAGAUUAAAAUUAAUAUCCAAUAAC